UGGCACAAACGGGGUCUAGAGAUUCGACUACGUCUACUGUCACGGUGUCCUCGAGUAUCUGAAGUGAGUGAAAGACCUAGACCUAGCCCUAAACAACAGAUUCGGACGCAGCUUCAAUGCCAGAGGACGGAAGACCAUUUUCUUUCAGUGCUAUUCCAAUAGCGCUUCCUCGCCAAUUUAAAAAGCAGCACUCGUCGAUUCACGUGAGACCUUGAGCUGACGAUAACCAAAUCGCAAGAGAGUGUCAGGCGUUAUUCAGAUGUCGCCAACUGUGACGUCGAUCCGUCCGGGAUAAUGAGCGACGAGAAGAGGUUCUUAAAUCUCAACUGCGCAAUCUCACUCACUGGCCGUCUUUUUUAUACCAACCAGUAGUUGUCGCUGACGACAACUGACGAUAGUUCCACCGACUGCUGACACUGCCUUCGCACUUGGCAUUUUGCGCACAGAAGAAGAAUGAGCGGUGUGGAGACAACGCCCGCGCGGACCUGGGCGGGUGAACCCCCCGGUAGCAUGAUCUUGAUGCCCGCCGAGGAAGACCGCCCUGCGGGUAGUUUGCCAGAGAGCCAACCUCACUGGGAGGUUCCAUUCCUCGCCACCGUGUGCAUCUUCGGAGUUCUUGGGAACCUGACGGUUCUCUCUGUCUACAGUAAGGCGGCUUUCCGACGCUCGAACGCCGCGCUCUACAUUCUCAAUCUAGCCGCAGGUGAUCUGUUCCUUCUUCUCGUCGUAGUCCCCCUGCACAUCACCGAGUACUACCCCUCCACCUGGCCCUACCUCUGGCGCUACGACGCCCAGUGCAUCCUGCACCGCUACGGUCGCUUCGCCGGCUUCAACUUGAACGUGUUCACCAUGGUGGCCAUCGCCGUGGACCGGUACCUCGCCGUCUGCCAUUCGCUGGUGUACCGGGCCCACUGCACCCUAGCCAGGACUCGCCUGUGUAUCCUGGCGGUGUGGACACUGGCGGGUGUCACAGCCGCGCCCUCCUCCAUUAAUUUCGCAGUCAAAUAUCAAGUCGGUGAAUACAUCGUGAACUACGCGGGUAAGACCCCCUUGGCCUGCCAAACGAUCUUCUUGGGCUCCUUCUUCCUGAACUUCAAGGUCAUCUAUGUCUCCAUGGUUCUCUUCUGGGUACCGGUGCUGGCCACAGCGAUCACCUACACGGUCGUGGUGGUGUACGUGUGGCGCAACAACAGGAAAUUCAGUCGCUGCACCUCGGCCGGCCGGCACCUGCGAAGCCACUGGAAGGCUGCCCGGACCCUCUUGCUGGUCUUCUGCGUAUACGUUUUGACCUACGUGUUCCUGGCGACCUACACGGUGGUCCGCCAGUACGCCACCGUGGACGUCUCCCCGUUGGUCAAGAACGUGGGGCUGCUGCUCCCGUACGCCAACAGCUGCCUGAACCCCGUGGUCUAUUCCCUGGUCAACCAGAAUUUCCGGAGGGCCUGCCUGCAGAUGCUCUGCCCGAGGCGGCAGAGGGAAGGCAGCGGUACCAGUGGGCCCUCCGCCAACGCCAGGGCAGGAGUGUCUGGUCGGGGACAGCAGCGUACGGUCAGCGUGACCCUGAGUGGCUCACGGGAAGAGAUGCAGGCGCGGGCAGACUGCCUAGGUCAGGGAGGCGACGAAGGUUAUGCUCGAAGUUUUGACAACCCAACCUUCGACGGUGAAAAACUAACUCACCAACACGGAUUUGACACCGUUAUGUAAAUGUUUUUUCAGUGUCGCUCACCAAGAAACGGUUUUUCCCGAGAACGCCUUCGCAGUCUUAUCUAUUUCCACGUAAGAAGUCACGCACGUACGCGCACACCAAUCUAUCACAACAGCCAUUUUUCCCGAGUUAAGAUUUUUAUCGUGCGUGGUGCCAAGACAUCUAAUACAGAUUAAGACUUAUGAAGCUGACAGAGUGCAUGAUGUAAUACAAUGUGAUUUCACAAAAUUUAGGUACUUACAAAAAGUCUUGAUUCACGCAGAAGGAAAGUUUAACGAAUCGCCAAUGCGCAGACAGUGAGCUGUAGAGGAUACUGUCGACAGAAUAACUCCAAACUGGGAGUAUCAUAUCAAGCAACCAUCCCAAUCUUCUCGUUUGAAGCAAUUAGGCUUGGGGCCAGUGGGGUAACAUAAACUGUGGUUCGUGGUGGGCAUGGUAUAUGCCGUUUUCGAAAACAUCAGUACCCCCUCACAAAGAUACCUGUAGUUGAAUCGAUCCAGCACAAAUCAGAUCAACCCCCGAACAUCAUUUAAGAAAAAAAUUCAACUCGAUAUGCUACUCUUGUAAUGAAUGUUCAUCGUACGUGAGCCGGUUACAGAGGUAAUUGUUGGCUCACAGGAUACUGCAACUCUUGUUGCCACUAACGAUUGAACAAUGGCGAGUAAAGCUUUCAGUAGCCUAUUUGAGGUAUUAUGGACACAUUAGGAGGGCGAUACACGUAUUUAGUUUGAGGCGAAAUCAUCCUAUUGUGUUGUCCAUGCUUUAGUUAAAGGCUAAUGAGCUACGUGGCUGAUUAAGGGCACUGCAAGCCCAGAUUUUUGUGUGACGUCCGUGAUACCCCCCAUCAAAGUUAAAAAAAGCCAAAGUUGUCGGUUGGUGGCGCCAUCACAAUGGCCCACGGAAUAAUUAUAAGGCUUCAACAUGCACUCACCCCGAUUACCAAAGUGCUUCAGUCGCAAAACGGAAGUGCUUUCCCUAGAUAGACCCUGGAUUUUGCACCCAGAAUUAAAACAUCAACACAGGUUUAUCAAAUACACGUGAGACAUGAGGCAUCUGGAACAUUUCUUGUUACUGCAGGUUUUACUGAGAUUGUUUUUCAGGCUUUAUAAAUAUUGUAUAAAUCUAAUCUAUACGAAGCACACACGUGAUUAUUACGAUUUACUUGGAAAAUCACAAAGUUGGGUGCAAUUUUCAGAUAUGCUAAAUAUUACAACAUACAAAAUAAAUAUUUUAUAUUUCCUAUAUUAUAGGGUUUCUUUGAAAGGUGUAGCUCGUGAUUUAACUCAAUACAAACACCUUUGCCCUCUUUGAUGUUAGGUUUACCAUAAACUGUUAUUAAUAACACCACUUUUGUUUCCUGAUA